AUGAUGCGGUGGCGCCAAAGGCCGUCCCAAGUUGCUGCUGCUUCUCUUAUGAGGCGGCUGGAGCCCUCGAGGCUGAGCAAGUCGCGGGCGGGCAGGAAGCGGGCCACCCGCAGCAGCAGCCAGCGCGGCAGCAGCAGCAAACGCGAGCGCUCUGCUGCUGCUGCUGCUGGCUGCGCCCGCGAAUUCGAAGCAGCAGCAGCAGCAGCAACUGCCGACGUGCGCUGCAGCGAACGCGCUGACGGCCCCGCAACCUCCAUUGCUGCUGCUGCAGCUGCCAGCAGCUAA